ACACCCUCCUCUCGAAGGGGAUCCUCGUUCCUCUGACAUCGACGACACGGCCCUCGACAAUCGACGACAAUAGCCGCGCAAUAGGUAGGUAAGAGUGUCGCGCGAAGCGACCACACGACAUCAAUAAUCGGCGUCAUUGAAGACCGCCACUUCCGUACGCCCGGAGGCCGAAAUAUCGACGACGACGCCCAGUCGGGUAUGUUGUGUCUCUCGGUCGCAGCAAAAGGCGGAGGUUGUUGACCCAACUCUCGCCACGAUCGCAGUGCUGCGAGCGAUAUACGGCCACACGGGACACACGACAAACAACACCCUUUCAGCCACGGCAAUCUUUAGAUCCGAAUCGCUUGACGAUAACGACAGACGAAUUUCCUUUUGUUUGGUUGCGACAACCAAUUCCACCGACUUGCAACACUCUUUUUCACCAGCUUUCCUUGCGCCGAUUUGACACAUGCGAAACCGCGCAGCGCACUACGCCGCAGCGUAAACCAGCCAAAUGUCCGAGCCGCCGUCGUCACCCCCUAGAGCAGGAACCAGCGUGGAGGAUGCCUUGGCGUGGUACAAGUCGCAAUACGAGGUGCUGGAGGCGGAGCUGUCCGAAUUUCAGGCCUCCAGCAAGGAACUAGAAGCCGAACUCGAGAAGGAUCUGGAUGCGGCCGACAAGCGCGAACGGUCGUUGCGGCAGAAGGCCGAGGGGUUGAGCUUCGAAGUGGAGGAGUGGAAGCGCAAAUACAAGGAGUCCAAGACAGAGGCGAACGCGGCCCAGAACACCCUCGAGAAGGAGAUUACGAUUCUCCGCGACACCAGCAGGACGCUUCAACUCAGGCUCCGCGACAUCGAGGUGGCCAACGACGAUUUCGAACGCCAGGCGCGGACUACCACCUCGUCCCUGGAAGAUCUCGAAUCCAAGUACAAUGUCUCUAUCGAGAGGGGAGUCAUGCUGGAGGAGGAGAUCAAGAUUGGGGAGCAGGAGCGAGAGCAGUUGCGCGUCGAGGCGCAACGACUGCGAGAAGAGCUUGCCGACCUCAAGAUCGAGGCCGAGAUUCUGCAAGACAAGAUCAAGAAACAAGAGUCUAGGCACCUCUCGAGCAUCUCGACCGAUAUCUCCUCAAUUCCCGGGUCCCCGUCGUUCUGCAACUCCCCACACUCGACCGCGAGCUCUCCGAUGAUUAUGACACCGCCAGAUCUCAAGUCGCUCUCCGCGGCGGACACUACUUCAGAACUCCAAGACCCGCCCUCGCCACCGAUGUCGGAUGCCUCCCUACCUUUACCCAAGAUGGGGGGGCUAAAGACGCCCGCCCCUCAAAGAAGGAGCCGCCUCCCCUCGGCCGCCGACACCACCACGCCGAAACCGAGGUCUUUUACGGCGUCGACGUCCUCUUCUCGCCCAACGCGCGCAGUCACUACAUCCAAUGCGAUGCGAACAUCGGCCCAACGAUCGUCGGCUGCGAGGUCCACCCGCACCUCCUCUCGCGGGGUACCAGCUUCUAACACUCUUACCCACAUUCGCACACUCACCGCUCAGAUGGAACGGCUCGAGGCCCGCGUGCAAUCGGCGCGCUCCAAGCUGCCAGCGCCACCACCGGCCAUAACGCCACCCCGCUCAUCUCCCGGAGGCGGCAUGGCAAUGCCAGCUAGCAUCACAAUCCGCAGCCGUAAGCGGACCACCGGCUCCACCGCCUCCUCCAGCGCCGCCAGCUUCGCCGCCUCCGAAACACCUUCCCAAUCCCGUCACGCCCCAUCCGAGUCCCACAGCAGCAUCUCCUCCAACAAGCACGUCCCCCGACUCAGCACGUCGGGCGUCUCGCGCCUAUCCUUCGGCCCCCUCCCCAACCGCAACCCCACCAACCCCAACAACAACAACAACACCGAGCCCGACUAUUCCCGCCCCAGCAGCCGAGCCAGCCUCUCGAGCUACACCCGCCCCGCCAGCCGCAACGACUCCCACCACCACCACACCCCCACCAGCAGCAGCAUGCUGCCCCCGCGGCCCAUGAGCCGCGCCAGCCUCUCCAGCAACCGCACCCCGCUCGCCACCGGCGGACCCAACAGACCCCGCAGCAGCCUCGGCCUGCACCACGGAAGCCACGCCCGCAGCGGCAGCAUGAGCUAUGCCAGCAGCAUGGCGGCGGCGCCGACGGCCGAGGAGGAGGCGGAUGAGUCGUUCGAUGCCAGUUGUGUUGGUGGCGUCGGUGGUGGUACCGGUGGCGGUGGCGGGCGGUUGCGCACGCCUAGUAGGCGGGGGACGUUUAGCCGGCGGACGGAGAUGGAUGCUACCGUUUCGGGCAGCGGUGGCGGCGGUGGCGGCGGCGGCGGGUUGGGGACGGGGCUCCCGUUGCCGAGGCGGCUGAGCGGCGGGUCGGUGUCGUUGUCGGUCUCGGGGCGGCGCACUAGUGGUGCGAGCGCGCGGGUGCUGGAGGAUUUGGGGGAGACUUAUUGAGUUUUUCCAUGGGGUUUUUGUUAUGGGUGGUUGGUUGGUGAAGGGGUUUGGGGUUCGCUCAGGGAGAUAGGUGGUGGGUAGGUUGCUUGGUGAGCGAGGUGUGUUCCAGGUUGC